CCUCCCACCAGCAAAGAAAUGGCCACGAAAAUCGACAAAGAGGCGUGCAGGGAAGCGUAUAACCUCGUCCGGGACGACAGCACAGACGUGACCUGGGUGACGUUCAAGUAUGAGGGGACCACGAUAGUUCCUGGCCACAGUGGAGUCGACUACGAGGAGUUUACACGGCAAUGCACAGAUGAUAUCCGAUUGUUUGGCUUUGUCCGAUUUACCACCGGCGACGCCAUGAGCAAGCGGGUCAAGUUUGCUCUGAUCACUUGGAUCGGGGAAAGCGUCAGCGGCCUGCAGAGAGCCAAAACAGGAACGGACAAGACUUUGGUUAAAGAAGUAGUACAGAAUUUUGCCAAAGAGUUUGUGAUCAGCGACCACAAGGAACUGGACGAAGACUACAUCAAGGGCGAGCUGAAGAAAGCCGGGGGUGCGAAUUACGACGCGCAGGCGGAGUGACCGCGCGGCGGCUUCCUGGGGCCCCGA